AUGUCAGCUCCAUUAGAUCCAACUCCGCUAGAUCUGAAGGAUCCGUCUUCGCUCUUCCAGUGCUUUGAGGGCAUGGGACGAGGUCGAUCUUCCACUGGAGGACCAGAAAACCUUGGGACAGUGGCUAAUGAUUAUUUAAACACCCAGAAUGCCCAGCACAGCCCAGAGUGUGAUUACCAGAUUGUUACUAAAAGUGCUAGUCCCCAGGAGAAAGGUUCCAGAACUCGGCACGGGUUGAAAUCACCCCUGCUUAUGUUACCUGCGAGACGCAUCAGCCUGCGCGCUGAACGGUCUAUUCAAGACGUGAGCAUAAUGCCCAAUUCCUCAAGCCUUUCACUAGAGGAUGAUACCCUGAAAGCGGCGUCUAAGCCUUGA